CUCUCGGCUCGGCGGUGGCGGUGGCGGCGGCGGUGGGAGCGGCAUCUCUCCUUCCCUUUCUUCUCCUCUGAUACUGCCACCACUCCGGUCUGCAUCACCUCAAGGCCUGGACUGUUGGCAUUAGCCUUCUGAUAAGAAGUCUACAGAGAAAUUGAAAGGACAUUAAAUAAGAAUAUCUACUUAUCAGAGGCAGAUUCAGUGUUGAAGAAUGGCUCAUUUUGACAAUAGCCUCAGCCUGGAAGAUGCUUUAACUGAAACACCACCAGAAAUUGAGGAAGAGAUAAAGCGGGACUUCAUGAACACACUAGAAGCAGAGACAUUUGAUGAUGUGGUGGGAGAAACCGUGAGCAAAACAGAUUACAUUCCUCUCCUGGAUGAUGAUGAUGGGAAAACUGGAAACCCAGAGUCAAAGAGCAAACCUCAUUUGGAUGGUGGUCAGGUUGAAUGCACUACACCUUCCAAACCAACAGCGUUAGCCAAUGGUGAUCAUGAAUUAGAAGAGAAUGAUGCCACAGAUCCUUAUCAGAUGUACCAAGGUCAAAUCUUGUCUGAUUUGCUGUUUGUCUCUCCUGGCAUGGUGAACAGCUCGCCAUCUGCAGAGCAUGUGGAUUCUUCAAAAGAUAAUAUUGCAGAUGUGCCUUCCUAUGAUUCAUAUGUUUCUAGAACUGAGACAGGAUCAGGAGGAAGGACUAUGGAAGCCCAGGCUCCUUCUGACCCAUCACCCUUUGUCUUCCUGGAAGAGUCGGACCCUCAGCCUCUACAACCCACAGCAGAACCAAUCAAGGAGGUACAGAUGGAGGUGGAAUUAACCAAAGAGGCACCAUCAGUGAAGGAGGUGGAAAUGUCCCUGGCCCCAUCCACGGAAGUGGAGAAAGUACCAGCAGCAGAGAUGGCGCCAGUCAAGGAGGUGAAGAGUGAAACAGCUGUGGAGGUGGUAUCAGUCAAGGAAGAGAUAGAGGAUGAACCAGCUAUGGAGGUGGCAUCAGUCAAAGAGGUGAAGGAUGAACCAACUUCAGAGGUAGCACCAAACAGAGAGACUCAGGCAGAACAAGCCACAGAGAUGGCACCAACUCAACAGACCCAAGAGGUACCAUCUGUGGAUAUGGAACUGGCCAAGGAGAUCAAGGUGAUACCAGCCAAGGAACACCAGGUGGCACCAGCUGUGGAGGUGGUGAAGAUGGCAGCUGUGGAGGUAGAACCAACCAAAGAAGCCCAGCAGGCACCAACCAUGGAAUUGACACUGACUGAGGAGAUAGAUGCUGUAACAACACCAGGCAAAGAGGUGAAAGUAGAGAAAAUGAAUGAAGCUCAGAGACUGGCAUCUCCCCAGGCAGAAGGGAGUCUGGCUUUCAUGGCCUCACCAGAGUCCCUUAAGAUACCUGGCGUGGACGGUUUGCAAACACUGCAAGAACAGAAACUGCAGGGAGUUGUUUCUCCCAAUACAGAACCAAGAACAGAUUCUAAAGUGGCUGAUAUGGAUCAUUUUGAACAAGCAGCUCCUGUUCCUGUAGCUGAAGUGAAUCCUUUUAAACCUUGCCCUGAGAAUUCCCCAACUUUACCUACUGAAGUACCUUUAGAACCAGUUGCAGUCAUAGAACAAAAAGUAUACUUGCCAGAAACCUCAAUUCCUGCAGAAGAUAAAGCUUUAGAGAAACUGGAAGAGAUUAAAGCCCUGAUAACUUCUCCAGAGAUUAUAGCUGAAACACUGAAUACAACACCAUUAAUCCAAACUAAAGAAUCCCCACUAGAAGAAGCCAUUCCUUCUCUUGAUUUCACUGAAUUAGAAAAGUCAAAGGGAGAGACUGAGCGCUGCCAUGUUUCAUCUUCAGAGCCUCCUCUGGAGCCUACAGGUGCCCCCACUGCACAAGCAAAACAAGUUUUCAAACCCAGUGACCGCAGGUUUGGUAUUCCCAAGCCCAUAUCUCUUAUUGAUGUGCCCACUGAGCUGGUGGGAAGCAAUUCUCAGCAGAAGAUUCCUGAUCAAAGACUGGAGCCCUUAUUUUGGUCAGAAUCAGGAUGGACUGGUUCCUCCUCCAGAUCCAGGUUUCCCCAUAGGAAGACACCCCAUACUGAUUUCCUGGAAUCUCGAAGGGACCUUGGAAGAGAGAUGUGGGAUGUAGAAUGCACACCGGCAGCACUGAAGAAAAAGAAGAAAAAAUCUAAGCAAAAGCGCUAUCUUCAACCCCCAGUCGGGGAACUUUGGGAUGAAAACACGGAGGUAUCCAAAGCUCAUCUUACAGGAGCUGACUCACCAAAGCCAGGUGUUACACCAGGGCAGUCUACUGCCAUGACUAAAGAAUACAGGCCUGUGUCCAAAGAGAGCUCUAGAAAAGGAACCAUAGCUCGCCCGAGGGAAGCCAAACUGGUGACUGCAUUCUCUGCCUUGGAGAGCUUGAGUACCUCACUGAGUCCUGCCCAGGAAUCCUUUAAAAGUGAAAGCCAUCCUCAGAUUGUGGGGAGUACAAAGGAAGAAAGGGGCGCCACUAAAGUCAAAGAGAUCCAAGAGGUCAGCUUGUCAUCACAGAGCAAGAGCCCAGUGAGCAAGGAGGUUCCACCUCUUGAAUGUAAGCCCCAGCCAAGUAGAGGUGAAGAUCCUGCUUCGGUGCUGCUGGCACCUCCGUUGGAGCCUGCUUUGGAUAAAGCACACACAGAGGGAGUGCUGAAUUUGAAGCCAGAAUGUCCAGAGGUUUCUCCAAGCAAACAAAAAGAAGCUCCUUUUGAGGCCAAACCUCAACAAGGAGGAUUUACUACUAACGUGAAUCAGGAAUCCAAGGAUGUGGUUUCAAAACUUGUGACACCCCAAGAGCAGACUAAAUUGGCAGCAGUAGAGGCAGGCGUUUUGACAGAUAAUAGUCUCAAGCACAUUGCUGGUGAAAGCAAAACAGGUGACCAGUGUGCACCAAAAUCACCAAGUCUUUUAAAGAAUAAAGUGGAACCGAGUGUAAGCAAGACACUUGCACACAAAGCUUUUCCUGAGCAGAGCCUGGAAGUGGGACACCUUGCUUCUGAGCAGCCAGGUCCUAUCCCUCAUAAAGGGAUGGAAGGAUCUGAGAAAAUUGGUGAUUGUAAAGGGAGAAAAAUGAGAGAGAAUAGAGAACCUCCAUUCAUUCUGGAGGCACAGAAGGAUGCUGCAAAUCUUGGGGCAACAGUCCAAAUGAAAGAGAUGAGUAUCCACAGUGAGCAUAAAGGGGUAGAAUCUAUGUCUUCCAAUCAGGUUUUAGAGACCAUGGCUAGUCUCAUUAAGACUGUGACUGAGGAAACUAGAGAGAAAGUUGACUCAAUUGUGGACCUUGAAAGUACCUCAAAAGUAGUAAGCCCUUUGGAUGAUAAGAUAGACACAGGUAAAAUUCUUCCACCUGUAGUAGAGAAACAUAAGGCUAAAGGCCAAGAAAAGGGUAUUACUGAGCAGAACAAGGAGGGAGUGUCUCCUGUUUCUGAAUGUCUCUUGGCAAGUCCCCCUGACUCCUGUGCAGCUCUCCAAGUUACUGAGAAACCUAAAAAGAGGGGUAGUGAUGGGAAGAACAAAAAAUUUAAAAAAAGUUAUUCUGGACAGCCUACUUUGUUGGAGAGCAAAAUAGAUGCACACAUCCUGCCCAUUGCAGAUAAGAAUGGAAAUCAGGACAAACAGGUUGAUUUCUCUGAUGAAAACAAGGAGUUUGCACUCCUUCCCUCCAAAAUUUCUGAUCCGUUGCUUUUAGGAGUUUCUGAUAAAUCUGGAAAGCAGUCAGUGGGUGAAAAGGGUAGAUUCACUGAGGUUAGUUCUUCCGAGCCCCAGACACCUGUUGAGAACACGAAGCACACUGCCAAGCACUCUACUUCCACUGUCCUGGAUGCUAACAGAACAAUUGUUAGCUUCAGUGAACAGACCCUUCCUUUGGGACCUCCCUCUUCAGGACAGCAUAUGGAAGGUAAGGUAGAAAUGACUAUGGGUCAAGCUGUAGUGCCUGACAAACCAAAGAAAAGAGGUAUUGAUGGGAAAAGCAAAAAGGAUAAAAAUACCCAGCCUCUCCUAGAGAGUAAACCAGGUACAAUUGGAGUACAGGUUCCUGUGGAAACCAGAGGGGAAGUUAAAGUUGAGGGGAUGAGCUGUGUGGAUGAAAACAGAAAUAUCACAUAUUGCUGUUCAGAACCACCAAGUAUUUGGGCAGCCAGUGAGACAGACACACUCAAGACUUCCUUUUUGUCUGAAUCAGAGGUUUGUGGUAAACCAUCCCUAGUUUUCUCAGAUGCAGGGAUGAGUAGCUCUCUUACAGAUGCCUUAGCAGAAAGUCGGAAAGAGACCUGUAAGGCACAGGUUUCUAAAUUACCAUCAUUAAAUGACCCCAGGAAAGAUAUAGCUGUGGGUGAGGAAAGAGCAGGUAGCCUAGGAAAGGGUCCCCCACUUGAUUCCCUUCCCAGUGUAGCAGUUGUUACAGAUGUUAGAGAGGUCACAGAAACUGAGAAACACCAAAGGAAUCACAGCGUUAAGAAAAAAGGUAAAUUCAGUUUACCUGAGCAUAAUGACCCACUACAAAAUCAAGCAUGGAUGGACGGAAGACGGGCAAUAGUAGAGAGUGAUGAGAAAGUCAAAGAAAACAAUUUCCUGAGAUCAGUGGAUGAUAACACCCCCAAGUGGCCCCAGGAGAAAAAGGGAGAGCCAGUAAAGGAACAGGUUCAUCUUCACAUGCCAGUAGAAGAUGCAAGUCUAGGAUUGGAGGACAAAAGUGUGGAUGAAAAGAAUGCAGAUGGAAGCAUUUUCCCAGUGCCCUUAGAGAAAGAAAUGGAGAAAGGGAAAGCCCUCGUUUCAGAUGCAGUUUUGCCACGCAAUACAAGUGAAAAACUGGAUUUUCUUGAGGACAAGCCUAGUCAAGGAUUAGAUUCCAAGGACCUAGGAAAUUCAGCUGGCAAAGUAGAUAUAACUGUUGUGCCUGGUGAACAGGAAAAAACCCAAAAGGAAAAACUCAGCCCUGGUUGUAAAAAUACAGGCCAAGAAGGUAGCUUCUUGGAGCCCUCAGAUCUCUCAGCAGAUCUGUCAGAUACUAAGGAAGAAACUGUUCCAUUGGAAGUUGUUGUAGAUGAUUUGUUACCAGCUGUUAUUAAGAGUAUUCAGUCCCCAAAGUCUAAAGAUACAAUCUUAGAGGUACCUCAGAAGUUGACAGAAAAAUCUGGACAGAGAGCACUGGGUGAUGGAAAGACAGAAGUGAGAAGCAAAGUGGCAGAACCAUUGAAAGGUUACAUGAGACCUACCAAAUCAAGGGGACUUACUCCCCCAUUGCUGAGACCUGCUGUUCUGGAUCGAGAGAAACCUAAGCAUCUGAAAGCAUAUGCCAAACCAGAUGAAGUUCAGCCCUUUGCCAAUUUGAAUGGAAAUGAUAUCACUGCUCCUCCGAACAAGGAGCUCCCCCCAAGCCCCGAGAAGAAAACAAAGCCAUCAACCACUACUCCAUCUGCAAAGACCGCUACACCGAAAACCAAAUCAGUGCCCACUCCCACCCCCAAGCGGCCUGUUUCCACCACUCCUGGUGGCCCAAGCAAAAAGCCCAUGAGCCCUGCUCCAGGCCUAGCGCCAGCUGCCCUACCCAAACGACCUGCUGCUGCCUCUGCUGCUGCCCGGUCCACUUCCUUAAUCUCAAGAGAUGGAAAACCAAAGGCUUUGGAUGCAAAGAGUCCUGAGAAACGAACCCCACUAUCCAAAUCUCCUGUCACCGCUACUAAAACUGCCUCAAAGAGUACCCCAACCACUCCACGAGUCACAGUUGCUGUUUCUCCCAUGACAACUGGUCCAGCCAGUAGGAGCACCUCUUCUUCUCCUCCCAAGAAACCUCCCUCUCUCAGGAAUGAGUCAAAGCCGACAGACAUCAAGAAGACUACUGCAAAAUCCUCCCUAGUGGACUUGAGUCGUCCAAAGAGUGCCCCUACCGUCACUCAGAAGACCACUAGCACCACAUCUUCAGGGGGCCCUCCCUUGCCAGGGGCAGCUUCCAGCCGAGUCAAGCCCAAACCUGUCACCCUGAGGCCAUCUACAACCACCUCUGUGGACACCAAGAAGCCAGGAGUGCCCAAAGCGGCCCCAACUAAACCAAAUCCUGCAGCACCACGACCCAGCCGCCCAUUAACUAGCAACUCUGUACCAGAUCUUAAAAAUGUUCGUUCUAAGAUUGGCUCCACAGACAACAUCAAACACCAGCCAGGUGGAGGCCGGGCCAAAGUAGAGAAAAAAACCGAGACCAUCGGUACAGCACGAAAGCCUGAACCCAGUGCAGUCACUAAAACAAGCACCACCUUUAAAGCAGCUGAAACAAAAGAGAGUGCACAAAAACAGCCCAAUGGGAAAGUCCAGAUAGUCUCCAAAAAAGUGAACUACAGCCAUGUUCAAUCCAAGUGUGGUUCCAAGGACAAUAUUAAGCAUGUCCCUGGAGGUGGGAAUGUGCAGAUACAAAAUAAGAAAGUUGACAUUUCCAAGGUGGCCUCAAAGUGUGGCUCCAAAGCAAAUAUCAAACACAAACCUGGAGGAGGUGACAUCAAGAUUGAAAACCAGAAGCUGAACUUCAAAGAGAAGGCCCAGGCAAAGGUGGGAUCCCUGGAUAAUGUUGGACACUUGCCUGCUGGUGGCACAGUCAAGACUGAGGGGAGCGGCGAGGGGGCCCCGCUGUGCCUGGCCCCUCCGAGCGGGGAGCCUCCUGAGGCCCAGGCAGGCCCUACCAUGCAGGCGAAUGGCGUAGGGCACCUCACCCCCUCACUGGGUGGUGACCAAAGGGAAACUCAGACCUUCGACACCCAGAUCCAGGAGACAAGCAUCUAAUGAUGAAAUUCUGGUCUCGUCUUCCAUCCCCUUUCCAAUAACCCCAACCCUGCCCCUGCCCCAUGCCUACAUCUUCCUCUUCUACCUCUUUCCUUUACUCCUUACCUCCUGUAUCCCUACCACCUCCCCAAUGUCUUGCUACAGAUUGAAACCUACAAGCUGACGUUCCGUGAAAAUGCCAAGGCCCGCACUGAUCAUGGAGCUGACAUUGUCUCCAAACCCUCCCCUUUCCCUGGCA